AUGUUUUCUCGAGCAGCCAGACCUGUUCUCUUGAAGGCAGCGGCCACUUCUACUAGGCCAGCCCUGAGUAACAACUAUGCCACCCUUCGUGAAAUCGAGGGCCGUCUCAAGUCCAUCAAAAACAUCGAGAAGAUUACAAAGACCAUGAAGAUUGUCGCCUCCACAAAACUUGCCCGUGCUCAGCGUGCCAUGGGUGACUCUCGUGUCUACGGUGAGACCUCCAACAAGGUCUUCAGCAAUGCCGAGACAAAGCCUUUGGAGGGCGGAAAGAACCUCAUCAUCGUUUGCUCUUCCGACAAGGGCCUAUGCGGUGGUAUCCAUUCCGGUCUCACCAAGGCUGUUCGCAGAAAGCUCAUCGAAAACCCUGAUACCGACCUCGUCGUUCUCGGAGAAAAAUCUAAGGCGCAAUUGGGUAGAUCUUCAGCCAAGAACAUUGUUAUGAGUUUCGCGAAUGUCGGCAAGGACAUCCCUAGUUUCGUCGAGGCCCAGACAAUUGCCGACCAGAUUUUCCAGCUUGGAAAGACUUAUGACAACAUCGAGGUUCUUUACAAUUCGUUCAAGUCUGCUAUCUCUUACGAGCCCAGCACCAUCGAAGCUUACUCUGAGGAAGCAAUCAUGGCCUCUGCCAACAUUACCUCUUUUGAGAUUGAAGACGAGCAGCUUAGCAACCUCCGCGAGUUUGCUUUGGCCAACACACUUUACUGGGCCCUUGCCGAAGGCCACGCUUGCGAGAACUCUGCUCGUCGCAAUGCCAUGGACAAUGCAUCUAAGAACGCUGGUGAUAUGAUCAACAGGUUCCAGAUUCUCUUCAACCGUACCCGACAGGCUGUCAUUACGGGAGAGUUGGUCGAGAUUAUUACUGGUGCUGCCGCUUCCGCAGAAUAA